AUGUCGAACAACCCCGUCUACACAUAUCACGAAAAACAGCACUUCAAUCUCGGUGGUAACUCGCGUAAGCGUAAGAUCGGGAUUGAGUCGCUGCGCCGAUUCGACCAUUGUGCGCUAUGCCUCGGCGUAGCACGCGAGGCGACGAGUACCCCGAGGGGAAUUAUAUACUGUAAAGAGUGCAUAUAUGCGGAUCUGUUAGCGCAAAAGCAGGAGAUAAAGGCUGCGAAAACCACCCUGAAGCAGCUCAAGCAGGCGCAGAAGGAUGGUUCAGCAAGACGAGCAGAAAUUAGCAAACAGGGAAAUGUGGAGAGGUUCGAUAAGGCGCAGAAGCUGGGUGGGGACAAUUCACAAUCUCAAUCGCAAUCGCAACCAAACUCAAGCUCACAAUCUCACCCCACUCUACCCAGCUUUUGGCUGUCUUCUCUCCAGCCUAACAUCAGCGAUGAGCAGAAUAUUGCUGAUCGGAUACGCGCGUUAGAGGCCCAGAAGAUGGUGACUCUCUGUCGACAGGCUACCCCUCCUCAUCCACUCACACUCAAGGAUCUCACGCCUGUCAAGAUUAAGUACACUGACAGCGCACGCGAUGUUGCUGUGUGCAGUGGAUGCAAUAGGACACUUAACAAUUCAACUAGAAUGCUUCUCACUAAAUCUUGUCAUAAUCUUCUCUGCGGCUAUUGCAUAGACACUCUCUACACACCAUCGCAGCAGUGCCCUGUAUGCGAUGAAAAGGUUGAUACAAAUCCAGACGAUUUGAUUAGGAUAUCCGUUGAAGGCACCGGUUUCGCUGGUGGUGGCGGUGUUAUGCUCAAGAAGAGAACAGGAACACUCGGGCUCAAUUAG